CUCUGAUUGAGGCCCAUGACAAGGUGGCAGCUAAAUGUUAUGAGAUUCCGUCGGAGGUGAACAGUAAUGCCAUGGCGACCGUCCCUCUCAUGCCCGCCGAUGCCGUCAGGAUAAUUGGCAUUCAGAAGAAGGCUGGCGAACCACUGGGCGUGACGUUCAGGGUGGAACGCGGGGAGCUGGUGAUCGCCAGGAUCCUGCACGGCAGUAUGAUCGACCGGCAGGGCAUGCUGCACGCGGGCGACGUGAUCAGGGAGGUGAACGGGCGCGAGGUGGGCAGCGAUCCCAAGGAGCUGCUGGAGCUGCUGAGGGACUGCCAGGGGGGCGUCACCCUCAAGAUCCUGCCCGGCUACCGCGACACUCCAGCACCCCCACAGGUGCAUCUGAAAGCCCACUUUAACUACAGCCCAGCCACAGACAAGCUGAUCCCCUGUAAGGAGGCUGGCCUGGCCUUCUCUAAAGGAGACGUUUUGCACAUUGUCAACAGAGAGGACCCUAACUGGUGGCAGGCAGUCAACAUUGUGGGAGGAGCCACAGGACUGAUCCCCAGUCAGUUCUUAGAGGAGAAGAGGAAGGCCUUUGUGAGGAGAGAAUGGAAUGGAUCAGGUGUUCUCUGUGGGACACUAACAGGAAAGAAGAAGAAGAAGAAGAUGAUGUACCUGAUGUCCAAGAAUGCAGAGUUUGACCGCCACGAGCUGCAGAUCUACGAAGAGGUGGCCAAGAUGCCUCCAUUCCAGAGGAAGACCUUGGUUCUGAUUGGUGCUCAGGGAGUGGGCCGGCGCAGCCUAAAGAACAGACUGAUCAUCAUCAACCCCCUGCUCUAUGGAACCACCGUCCCCUUCACGUCUCGCCCUGCUCGGGAGGAGGAGAGAGACGGCCAGUCGUACUGCUUUGUGUCUCGGUCCCAGAUGGAGACAGACAUUAAGGCCCGUCGCUACCUGGAGCAUGGAGAGUACGAUGGAAACCUCUACGGAACCAAGAUGAACUCCAUCCAUGAGGUGGUGGACGCAGGACGUACCUGCAUACUGGACGUUAACCCACAGGCGCUGAAGCAGUUGAAGACGGCAGAGUUCAUGCCGUUUGUGGUGUUUGUUGCUGCUCCACAACUGGACACACUAAGAGCUAUGCACAAAGCCGUGGUGGACGCUGGACUCACCACCAAACUGCUCACGGAGACAGAUCUGAAGAAGACGGUGGAUGAGAGCGCCAGGAUCCGCCGGGCCUACAGUCACUACUUUGACCUGACCAUCGUUAAUGACAACCUGGACAAGGCCUUUGAGCAGCUGCAGGCGGCCGUGGAGCAGCUGUCUUCUGAGCCCCAGUGGGUCCCUGUCAGCUGGGUGUACUGAGAGACACUGUCCUCACCUGCUGCCCUGCUUGGUUAGGCUGCUCCCUACUGGGCUGGAGGACACGCCGCCCGCUGCUGGGCCCAGGAGCAAAUGGAGACUUGGAAGAGGUUGUCCCUAACCAUCACGGUUGGGGUCAAUUUUAAUUCUGGAAUUUCAGGAAGUAGAUGAACUACAAUUCCACAUUUUUCCCAUUGAGGAAAAGUGGAAUGUCAGUGAACUUCCUAAAUUGACCGAAUUGAAAUGGAAUUGACCCCUACAGGGAUGUGAGAGCUAAGGACCCAUUGAGACUUAUGUUUGUAUGGGACUUUACCAUGCAGCCCCAGUGGAGCCUAGCACCACCCUGCCUAGCACCACCCUGCCUAGCCUCACCCCGCCUAGCCUCACCUAGCCCCACCCUGCCUAGCCUCACCUAGCCCCACCCUGCCUAGCCUCACCUAGCCCCACCCUGCCUAGCUUCACCUAGCCCCACUCUGCCUAGCCCCACCCCACCUAGCCCCACUCUGCCUAGCCUCACCUAGCCCCACCCUGCCUAGCCUCAAAUAGCCCACCCUGCCUAGCCCCUCCAGGCUCAGUCUGCUCUGCACCACAGGCCCCAUCUGUACACUAUGCAACUCUCUGGAUACGUCCCAAAUAGCACCCUAUUCCCUAUGUAGUGCACUACUUCUGACCAGCACUACCUAGGGAGUAGGGAGCCAUUCGGAAUAGAACCAAUGUUCACAUUACACAAGAAGAACUUUAUUUAUUGAACAGUUUUCUAACUUUAACUUGACUACCUUUCUGUUCAUAUGGAUAUGGAACGAGAAACAAAAUCAUGGAGUUGAGGAUAUUUUUAAAAUAUUUAAUGUUUUAUUUUAUCACUGUUGGUUGCUCACAACUACUACAAUAUUUCUCAAUGUUUAGAACAAUAAUACAAGCGUAUUUAUUCUGAAAGGAGAUGUGAGGAGGGCUAGCUUUGUGACGAUACCUCAGUGUGUUAAAACUCUUCGCAGUUUACAUUGCAUACAAUAAAUACUUCAUCUCCUGGCCUCUUGUGUCCCAAAUGGCACCCUAUUCCUUAUAUAGUGCACUACUUUCACCGGAGCCUUAUCAGCCCUGGUCAAAAGUAGUGCACAACAUAGAGAAUAUGGUGCCAUUUGGGAUGCACAACCUGUCUCACAUCAUCUCUGAACACUCCAUGUAGAAUAACAGCCAUGUUCUCUCUUUAAGGCAGACUAAGGGCUGAGAGAGAGGUGGUAAUAUCACACCACAUCUGUGAUAUAAAGGUCUUUGUUGCUGUUUCUUGGAUGAGACUAUAAUGUAGGCUAAUAUAAUCCCCUCCCCUUGUUACGCCGCUUUCUGUGUUACGAGAUUGUGAAUGGUUUCAUUAAAGGUCGACUCAGCGAGAUGUCGUUGCGUGCACAAGGUUAACACGUAGUGGAUCCAUUUCCUCCACAACUAGGGAGCGUUGAAGCGCGAGGUUAAACUACUCCGCUGUUUGUCCUGUAGUUACCACGUUGUAGCAGCGUGAAGCGCGAGGUUAAACUACUCCGCUGUUUGUCCUGUAGCUACCACGUUGUAGCAGCGUGAAGCGCAAGGUUAAACUACUCCGCUGUUUUGGUCCUGUAGCUACUACGUUGUAGCAGCGUGAAGCGCGAGGUUAAACUACUCCGCUGUUUGUCCUGUAGCUACCACGUUGUAGCAGCGUGAAGCGUGAGGUUAAACUACUCCGCUGUUUGUCCUGUAGUUACCACGUUGUAGCAGCGUGAAGCGUGAGGUUAAACUACUCCGCUGUUUGUCCUGUAGUUACCACGUUGUAGCAGCGUGAAGCGUGAGGUUAAACUACUCCGCUGUUUGUCCUGUAGUUACCACGUUGUAGCAGCGUGAAGCGCGAGGUUAAACUACUCCGCUGUUUUGGUCCUGUAGCUACCACGUUGUAGCAGCGUGAAGUGCGAGGUUAAACUACUCCGCUGUUUUGGUCCUGUAGCUACCACGUUGUAGCAGCGUGAAGCGCGAGGUUAAACUACUCCGCUGUUUGUCCUGUAGCUACCACGUUGUAGCAGCGUGAAGCGCAAGGUUAAACUACUCCGCUGUUUUGGUCCUGUAGCUACUACGUUGUAGCAGCGUGAAGCGCGAGGUUAAACUACUCCGCUGUUUGUCCUGUAGCUACCACGUUGUAGCAGCGUGAAGCGUGAGGUUAAACUACUCCGCUGUUUGUCCUGUAGUUACCACGUUGUAGCAGCGUGAAGCGUGAGGUUAAACUACUCCGCUGUUUGUCCUGUAGUUACCACGUUGUAGCAGCGUGAAGCGUGAGGUUAAACUACUCCGCUGUUUGUCCUGUAGUUACCACGUUGUAGCAGCGUGAAGCGCGAGGUUAAACUACUCCGCUGUUUUGGUCCUGUAGCUACCACGUUGUAGCAGCGUGAAGCGCGAGGUUAAACUACUCCGCUGUUUUGGUCCUGUAGCUACCACGUUGUAGCAGCGUGAAGCGCUGCCCGUGCACAUGCUUUGUGUGACUGUAUCUCACUCAUCUCUAUAUCAUCGUUGCAACGCCAUCUCGAGGAGUCUACUUUUAAUUCCAUCGUAUCGUCAGCGGACGGUCUCCCAGUUGGGUCCGUACUCUGUCAGUACAUGUCUGUAUGGUGCUGUGUUUUAUGUUGGAAUAAUACUUCCAGGAUACUGGACCUUGACAGCGUACUGCAUCUGAGAACUAUCCCUUUGUGAUAUUACUGAAACUUAACCAACUGCCAUAUCUACUUAAAAGUUAUAUAUUUUACAAUUUCAGAGCAAAACAUUGUAUUUUCUGAUGUGUCAAAUAAAUUAACUUUUUUUUUUUUUUUUUUACAACUUGUACUUAUCUCAGGUCAUAUUUAUCAUAUCCAGAGUGUGUAAAAAAUGUGACUUAAUUUGUUUCACAGAAGGGUACAUUUCUUUAUUUAAACAAAUCAUAUUUCAAAGGUGUAAAUGUCUCCCAUAUUAGUCAAUAGAAACAACCAUUUGGCUUAGUUCAUUAAAUGUCAGUAGUUACAGUGCCUUCAGGAAGCAUUCACAACCCUCAACUUUUCACACAUUGUCUGUUACAGACUGAAUUUUUUUAUUUUAUUUAAAUUUAGAUUUUAUCACUGGACAGCACAUAACACCCCAUAAUGUCAAAGUGGAGUUGUUUAUUUUUUACAAAUUAACUAUUAAAACUGAAUUCAACCCCUUUAUGGCGAGCCUACCAAGACAGUGGCCAAGUUACAAUUUUAACUUAAAUCUAUGGCAAAACCUGAAAACGGUGGUCUAGCAAUGAUUAACAACCAAUUUGACAGAGCUUGAAUAAUUUAGAAAAUAAUGUGCAGAUGUUGCACUAUCCAGGUGUGGAAAGUGCUUAGACUUACCCAGAAACACUCACACCUGUAAUCACUGGCAAAGGUGCUUCUACAAAAUAGUGACUCGGGUGUGAAAACUCAUGUAAAUUAUAUUUAUAUAUAUUUAAUUUAAGUAAAUUUGAAAACAUGUUUUCACUUUUAUUAUGGGGUAUUUGUGUCUAGAUGGGUGAGGGGAAACACAUCUAUAUAAUCCAGGCUAUAACAAAACGUGUAGAAUAAGUCCAUGGGUAUAAAUACUUUCUGAAGACACUAUAACAAACAUAUAAAACACAACAUGUAAAGUUUUGGUCCCAGGUUUCAUGAGCUGAAAUAAAAGAUCCCAGAAAUGUUC